ACGUCAAGACGCGCUAUCCUUGAUGCCCGUCUCCUCCUGCAUCUUCUUCAACUCCUCCUCCUCCUCCUCUCUCUCUCUAUCUCUAAUCAGCUACUUUUCUUCUUCUCUAUCUAUAUAAAGCCUUUUGUUUGCGUUUUAUGGUGCUCUACUCAUGUGGCUUCCUAAACGACUUGAAUUGGACUUGAACUGAAACACAUUAAUGUUUGUCGUUUUCUGUUGUUUAGUAAAAAAUCUUUACACCUAAGACACUUUCCUCUGUCCAUUUGCUCUGGCCUACUUGUUUGCUUCUUUCCUUUCGUUGGCUGGCAGUGGAUGGAUUUUGAUUGGGGAGAUGGGUCUUGGCCUAUAGUCUCAGCUCGUGCCAAAAUAACCUAAGUUUGUGCCAUAAUGGGAGAAUCAGGAUAAGGGAUUCCAAGUGUAAUUUUGUCCACUAUGGGUACGAUGGCUGCAUCUUCUGUCUCUACAGAGGCAUCAAAUUAUGAUGAAGUUUCUAUGCAACAGAGUUUGCUGUUCUCUGAUAGUCUUAAGGAUUUGAAAAAUCUGAGAACACAGUUGUACUCAGCAGCUGAGUAUUUCGAACUAUCCUACACAAAUGAUGACCAAAAACAGAUAAUCUCAUUUCUAUGCAGGGUAGCGGAGACAUUAAAAGAUUAUGCCGUUAAAGCUAUUGUGAAUACAGUGGACCAUUUGGGUUCUGUGACAUAUAAGGUUAAUGAUCUGUUGGAUGUGAAGGUUGAUGAAGUUUCUGGAACAGAGUUCAGUGUGUCUUGCAUUGAACAGGAUGGCCUUAUUUUUCCCGUUUUGUGGUUUGUUAAGAGACUACGAGCAUGCCAAGAAUAUAUUGAUCAUGAGGGUCUCACCCAACAGUCACUGGUAAUAAAUACUCCAAAGUACCAUAAGCGGUACAUCUUGCCAGUUGGGGAAACCAUGCAUGGAGCCAUCCACACCAAAUCAAAAUAUCUGGGAUACAGCCUAGACAAUGAAGAUGUUUGGCAUCAGUUCCGGAAUGUUGUUCGAGCAACGAUCACAGAAACCCCCACAUCUUCAGUCAGAAAAGGGCGUUCUCGUUCUCCUUCACCUGCUCGACGACCUCUGCAGCCAUCUGCAACCUUUUCCUUUACAUCUACCAUGCCCCCAAAAGAAUUAGAGAAGCGCACAGUUUCACCGCAUCGUUUUCCAUUAUUGCGCUCUGGGUCUGUGUCAAGUAGGCCAACAACCCCAAAUGGCAGUAGGCCUACCACUCCAAGUUCAGUAGCUGCUGCAAGACUACGGUAUCCUUCGGAGCUUCGAAAAUCGGCUUCAAUGCGAGUCCAAGCUGAAAAGGAGGAAAAUUCCAAAGACAGUGAGCAAUACCCCAGCAAAAGUAAACGUCUUCUCAAGGCAUUGCUUAGUCGACGCAAAUCUAAGAAAGAUGAUAUGCUAUAUUCUUACUUGGAUGAAUACUGAAGGAAAAAGUUGUCUGUUAAAAAAAGGCCAAGGUUGCAGGGAACAAUUGUGGACUUGGAUUUCCUGAUUUUCUCUUCUUUUGGUACCUCAUUUUUCCUCUCGAGCAGUAGCUAUUUAUCAUGUGAUGUUAAUUUUUUUCCUUUCAGGUGCAGUAUUAUUGCAUAUUUUGAUUUGAAAUCAUGUCAAAGGAAUGUCAGUUUACUCCUUUGUUGAUUUAUUCUGCUAUUUGUAAUUAGUUCUAUAUAUGAUAUACUAGUCUAAGACCUGCACUUUGCGGUGGUGAUAUUAAAAUUUUAUAUUUCUAAGAGUUUUAAUCAUAAUAUUGAUUUCAAUCUCCAUGUUUGUGCUGUUCGAAAAUAAGAAUCUGCUGUACGCAUGAUCCUGCAAUCAUAUAUGUAGGCAAAUGAAGUUUAUGGACUCAUCCUUAAUGAUCUUUACAGGUCAAAACUGAGCUAAAACACAUUCUACAAUUGAUGAGAAAUGGUUGCAUGUAAGGAAGCCUUGAAAAACAUGGCAAUUAUGUUAAAAGGAUCAAGUUAAAUCCAUCUGUUGAUUAAAAUACCAUGAAAGGUCUGAACAUCAUCACUUCUAUUUUACAAAAAGAAGACGGUGAUUGACCUGUAACAAAAAAACAUGAUGCAUUUUUACACUUGGACCAGAACAGGCCUGAGUAAAACUUGAAAAUCCUACACCUGAUUAGACCACUUCUUUGAAAAUCCUACAUAUCUUAAGUUAUCAAGAGCGACAGAAUCGAUUAGAAUUACACAACAGUACGACUAAUUUGUUGAUAAUAACUGCAUAUCACAAUUCCAUUCCUUUCCCAAAUUCUUCAGCCGUUUUUGUCUGUGAAAGUGGAAAAUGAUGCUCAAAGAAGUCUCGCUUCCACGGCCUCAAAAUGCCUGUCAAUAACGAGGAAAAAAUGAAAAUAAAAAAUUAAUUAGAAGGUAAAUUAAUUGGAAUGAUUUCCAAUCAAAUUGAGAAUAGCCACAGAUCUACCAAACUCAAGACUCCAGGGGGACAGCCCAGCGAUAAGAACUUGAAAAUUGGAAUGUCCAUCUUGGGUCUCUUUAAUUUAAUUUGGAUAUUCUUUACUAUUUAGAAAGCAAAUCCACGAGAUUCAGCUACCAUGUUUAAAAAGAAAAUGCAGAAAAUCUAUCAACCACCACAUAGAUUAACUCACACUGACAACUUCCCACCAGAGAUUGACAUAUGCCUUUUCACUUUAUCUGGUUGCAACUGCAUUAGAAAAAGUUUUUUGUUUUUUUUUUU